AUGGCAGAUAAUGAUCUCGCGUUCAACGUGUCUCAUUCAAAAUUGUUCCAGGCGUUUGUGGACGCGGCCGUCAACUUCGCGAAGCCAUACACUCUUCCCACACCCUACCGAGUCUCGGGCCCGCUGCUUGCCAAACUCAGGGCUGAUACGGAAGCCCUCGUUCAGCCGCUCAAGGACUCUUGGAACAUGAGCGGGUGCUCCCUCUCGGUGGACGGGUGGACGUGCAUCAAGUCACGAGGCAUGGUGUGCGUCAUCGCGCUUAACGACACGGCACCCGUCAUUGUUGAGGUCGUGGACUCUAAGACUGCAAAAAAGACCGGAGCGUACCUGGCGGGACUUAUUGGCGAUGCGAUCCGCUCUGUGGGACGCCAUCACGUCGUCCAAGUCGUGAUGGACAACGCGUCCAACAACAAGCGUGCGGCCGAGUUGCUGAAACCCGAAGUUCCCCAUGUGUUCUUCACGAAUUGCGCCGCGCAUGUGUUGGACCUCAUGUUGCACGACUUCGGGAAGGUUCGGGCGGUGAGACGCGUUCUAGCCCAAGUACACCGCGUGGUUAUGAUGGUGAAGGGCAGCGCCUCCGCGGUUGUGCUUUUCCGCACACUCUUCACGAAGUUGUCGUUGGUCCGGCCCGGUGCAACGCGUUUUGGGACCCAAGUGAUCAUGGUCGGCCGCUUCUUGGAAGUGAAGAGGGCGCUUAAGGCGAUGGUGAUUAGCGAGGAGUGGGAGCAGGUGGCGGUGGCACGGUCGAAAGAGGGGCAAGCGGUCCGCACGCUCCUACUUGAUGAUGUGUUUUGGGAGCUCGUUGUCGCAGUCCAGCGCCUCAUGACUCCGGUCUAUGAGUAUCAGAAUGCGGUGCGAAACGACAAAGAGGUGAUGGCAGGGGCGGAUGCGGUCAUCCAAGCCCGUGGUGGGGACGUGGCUAAGCGCGCAUUGCUGUGCGCUCAGCUGGCCCAGUUCCACAAAGGAGAGGGGCGGCUUGGAUCACACGACGCUCGUUGGGCGGCCUCGACGUUGGUGGAGGGUGGGCGCUUGACGGAUGCCGAAUGGUGGUGGAUGUAUGGAGGGGAGGUCCAAGCGCUACAGGAGCUGGCUGUGAUGACCCUAUCACAGCCAGUCACCUCGUCUGAGGUGGAACGCUACUGGUCCGCCCUUGCUCGUGUGCAGAGGCGGGACCGGAACCGCCUGGCCGCCACAAAGAUGACUGACGUCACCUUUGUGGCGUUCACCAGGCGGGCACGUGAGGCUUUCGAUUGCAGGCAGGUUGUGCGUGAGAACCUGUAUCGUGACCUGAGCAAUGGCACACUCAAGGACGGCUGCCCCGUUCCCCCGGUCGCGCCAGAAGUUGAGGAAGAGGGGGCUGAAGUAGUGGAGGGAGAGGAGGAAGAGUGUACCACCACCAUUAACUGGGCGGAGUUCGGUAGCGUUGGGAAGAAGAGCAGGAAGAGGAAGGCGGGUCCGGGAGAGUCCUCCAAGAGGAAGAGGAAGGGGAAGGGGAAGGGGAAGGGCAAGGGCAAGGGCAAAGUUUCAGGCAGGGUUGUGAGGAAGGGAAAAGCUGCAGAGUGGGGGGAGGAGGAGGAGGAGGAGGAGGAUGACGAGGAGGAGGAAGAGGAGGAGGAGGAGGAGGAGGAGGAGGAGGAGGAGGAGGAGGGGGAGGAGGAGGAGGCGGAGGAGGAUGAGGAGGAGGAGGCUCUGGCGGUGGACAGCAGUGGGCGUGAGGAGGCGGCACCCGCCAAGAACCAAAGGGGCAUUGAUCCGUGGGAUAUCAGCGAUGGUGAUAGUGGGGAGGAGGAAGAGGAUGAGGAGGAUGACGAGGAGGAGGAAGAAGAGGAUCAUCAGUAG